AUGGAUUAACAAACUAAUAAAGGGGCCAUGUCAGUGCCAUUAAAUGCCUUCAAGCGCUAAUCUUCAAUUAGAGAUCCAAAAUUCAUUCUGAGUCAUUUCAAGCGUCAAAAUACCAAAGAAUACAACUUCAUCGAUGUGGGCUGCAAUUUCAAAGAUUUUGUUGCAUACUAAGAUAGACUUCUCAGAGCAAAAUAUUAUGAAAGCUUAGCAAAAUCUAGAGGAAAGAGAGCGAAAGGAGAAAUUGGAAAAGCAGCAAACAGUGGCAAGGUUAUAAACAAUACAGUCAAAAAAUCAAGGGAUAUUCUUACAGUAACUAAAAAGUCAAAGAGUUCUCGAUGUACUUGGCAGAAAUAGCCACAGAAAUAAAAAGAAAUUAAACAAUCCAAGGAUCCUUAAACUUAAGGUAUUUAGGAAUAGCAGCAGUAGUAAAAUGAUAACAUUCAUAAAUAAACUGAAAAUAUAGCAUAGUCCCAAAAUACUCUAAAGAGAAGGUUAACUAAAUAAGUCACUAAGAGAGCAUCAAGCUAGCAGGCAAAUUAAUAGAGAAAACAAAAGAAAUGCGACUAGCAUGAUGACAAGAAGAAAAUAACGAUGGAUGAUGUGCAGAUUUUGCCCUUUAAAUUCACUAAUAAUAAGGGCCAAAUGAAUUUGAAUGUGCACAAAGAAGAAGAAAUAGGCUAUGAGAAAGAUGACUUUAUUAGUUUGUAUCUAAUGGGUUAAGAUUUUAUAAGUAGAAACUAAGACAAUGGAAGCAAUAACAAUAUAAUAUCAGAGGAGGUAUCUUCAUUUAAUACAAAGAGGCUUAACACUAGUUAUAGUUACUCAAGAGAUAUUACAUAAAAAUAUAUAUCACGAGAUGAAAUACCGCCUAAAAGUGAUGCUGGAUUGCGAGACUCUCCCUUUACUUACUCUAAUUUGGGAAUAUUUUAAGAUGAUAUUACUAAAAGAUAAAAAAUCAUUGAAUUUGUAAGAAGAAGGUCUUGUUUCUGCAGCCACUGUGAUGGAAACACUUAGCGGUAAAAGACUAGACUUGGAGACAUAUUAGUCUUAGAUGAGGAGAAAGAAAUGAUCAUAAACUUUUAGAAAAUACUAUAACACUAGAAAGAUGGAAAAAAUCAAGAAAAAAUAGAUGAACUUUACUACUAGAAGGGAAACUAUAAUUAUAAAUCCAAAUUCAGUGCAGAUGAUUCAAAGAACCCUAAAAAGUUGCACAAAAUACAGAGAAUUAUAAACCAAAACUUAGGCUUAGAUUUUCCUAAUAAAAUGCAAUAAUUUAAGGUAUAUUUGACAGCAUAGAAAGAAUACUAAGAUGCUUUUAAGCUUCAGAAGAAAGAGUAGUUUGAACAGAUAUUUUAGCAAUAAACUUCACCUACUAAAAUCACGACGGUGUAAGAAUAUUACCAAAAGAAAAUAAAUUAGGUUAGCCAUGAUUAACUGCUAUAAUUGAAGCUAAAAUCAAUCAACACUAAUCUUGGCACAACAACAGGAGAUGAAAUUAUCAAGUAGUUCGAUGAGAAGAUGAAGAGUAGGGCUGAAACAGCUGCCACUGAUAUGAGGUCACAAAAUCAGACUAAAAUCAAAGACCUGAAGAUGAUGAGAAUGCAGAAUCUUGACAAAAGAGAAAAUCUCCUGGAUAAGAUUAUUCAGGCCAGGACAGUUGUUUAAUCACCUGAUGUUAGUAAACCUUAAUCUCCUCUAAAUAAUGACUAGUAGAUAGUAGAUUAAAAGGUUAAAACUAGAAGGAAGUCCUCCUACAGGAAAAAUUUGCCCACAGGGGAUCACUAUAUGUUUCUAAAAUACUAACAGUACUAAAUGUAUCAAACAGAGGACGGAUCAAGUAAUAACAAUUAUGACUUUCAUACCUUAAUUAAUAGAAAUCAUUUCUUAAAAAGAAAUUUCAGCAAUUAAGCCAUAGCUCACAAUAAAUUCAGCAUUAAGAAAAUGUCUUCAACAAUAUCAAAUACCUAGAGACUGGAAGAGGAUACUCUUACAUAACUUCCUACUAUUUCAAACAGAAUUGACUUACUUUCUAUUUAAUGA